AUGAAUUUUCAAAAAUGUCCAAAUGAUUUUGAAUCAUUAGUUUAUCGUAUACAAAGAAAUCCGACUAUGGUUCAUCCAACAUUUUCUUCGUUUUCAUCAAGAUUUAAAACAUUCAAAUUAUUCCCGUUAAAUACUUCUCAAAAUAAAUAUACAUUGUCUGAAUGUGGUUUAAAAUAUUCAGGAGUGGAUGAUGUCGUGGAAUGCUUUUGUUGUGGUAUUAUUCUUCAUAACUGGGAAAGGUUGGACGAUCCAUGGAUUGAACAUUGCAGAUUCAGUCCAAUAUAUUUGUAUGUAUUAUUAGUGAAGGGUGAUCAGUAUGUUCAAAAUGUAUUAAGCAAAUAUUGUAAAACCGAGCAUAUUCACAGUUGUGAAUCUGAAUCAUACGAUACUGUUUGUUGA